UAUAAAGUGAGUUAUAUGUCCACACAAACGGAAUUUCAAAUGUUUUACUCUGCACUUGGCUCGGAUAAGGAUGACCCACAGUGGAGGUGUCAGCUAAAAUAACAGAGACGACCACCACACAGAUUAAUUAAUAUUUAGCUAUCCGCAGAAAAUCUUCACGCAGUACACACACUGGGCUUAGCCGCUUAGGAGAAGAGGUGCAUUUUUAUGGCAAUGGCGGAAGGGCUCAACAUUGCUGAAGAUGUAUGCCAGCUGAUUGGGAAGACACCCAUGGUUUACUUGAAUAAGGUUGUCAAAGGUUGUGUUGCAAAUAUAGCUGCCAAGCUCGAGAUUAUGGAGCCAUGUUGCAGUGUCAAGGAUAGGAUAGGAUAUAGUAUGAUAGCUGAUGCCGAGCAAAAGGGGCUUAUAUCUCCUGAGAAAACUACUUUGAUUGAAUCUACUAGUGGAAAUACGGGAAUUGGUCUUGCAUUUAUAGCUGCCUCCAAAGGAUACAAGAUAGUGUUGGUGAUGCCUGAUAGCAUGAGUCUUGAGAGACGGAUUCUCUUGAAAGCUUUUGGAGCUGAACUUGUUUUAACUGAUGCAAGGAAAGGCGCAAUAGAAUGUAUUCAUAAAGCUGAAGAAAUAACGAAAAGAACCCCUCACGCUUUUAUGCUCAGACAAUUCGACAACCCUGUGAACCCUCAGACUCACUAUGAAACUACUGGCCCAGAGAUCUGGGAAGCUACAAAUGGGAAAGUAGACAUUUUUGUUGCCGGAAUUGGCACAGGUGGCACCAUUUCUGGAGUUGGUCGAUAUCUCAAACAGUAUAACCACAACGUGAAGGUAAUUGGUGUGGAACCCACAGAAAGCAACAUCCUCUCUGGUGGAAAACCUGGUCCUCACAAAAUUCAAGGUAUUGGAGCAGGUUUUGUCCCAAACACUUUAGAUCGAGAUGUGAUGGAUGAAGUAGUAGAGAUAUCAAGUGAAGAAGCUAUAGAUAUUGCCAAGCAAUUGGCCCUUCAGGAGGGAAUACUGGCGGGUAUUUCUUCUGGAGCAGCAGCAGCAGCAGCUAUUAAAGUUGGACAGAGACCAGAAAAUGCUGGAAAACUUAUAGUGACUCUCUUUCCUAGUUUCGGGGAAAGAUACUUGUCAACAGUUCUUUUUGAGUCCAUAAGCCAAGAAUGUGAGAAGAUGAAACCCGAGGCGUGAAUCUCAUCUCAUUCAGACUCCAAGGCGAUAGAUCAUUCACAAAGAGCUGAUUCCAAGAAAAUUGUACCUUUCUUUCUCUAUUCUCUCCAUCAAGUUUUCUUUGUGUUGUACUGAAUUAAUCACACCAUGAAACAUGCAGAGUGCUUUAGCUAAUUGGUUCUUGUUCAUACUUAACUAAGAAUCUAAUCUAUAGCAGGGAAAGUCUAUUCAUACGCUUAUUUCUUUUCUUUUUUUAGUUAUCUCAUUUAUCAAUUUCUAUUGAUUCAUGCUUCCUGGCAUUCUUCUAUCUACCACUAGAAAGUAUUUGAUAUAGCUGACCAGGUUCUUAUCUUGUCAUUAGGGCUAUUACAACAACAAAAUUCAGUAUCACAGUCAUGCAGUACAUCAGUAACACAGUCAUGCAGUACAUGUUUACCCAAACUUACAUACCUUACAAUCGCCAAAUAAAUCACAUACAAACCUGCAGAAUACUCGGUAUAUAUUUGGACACACAUACAUGUACACACUCGUACGGGUGACACUAAACCGUGAUUAGGUGAUUGACAUGAAUUUUAUUUCCUACUUUUGAAUUAUAUGAUAUCAUUGUGUUCACAGUUUAUCAAAAGCUCAAAGCUGCACCUCUCGAUCAUAAAUCCAGCUAAAGCGAACCCUCGGCCCUUUCGUAGCCUUCACUUGAGCCCACUCUUCCAGCCUCCUAAUCCUUCCCCCCAAACCACAAACGUAAUCCUGCGCAAUCCUCCCUUUCCCGGACAAACCAGUCAAGCUCCCGACCUUCCAUCUCCCGACCAAAUGCUCGAGAAUGUCGGCAUAGUCUCUUGCUGUGUAGACACCGAGCCGCUGGGCCACAGCCGAGUAGUGGUCAAACAGCUUUUCAUCUCGGCCAUCGUGCAUGAGGUGAGCUGGCAUCACGAUUUUUUUCCUCAUCAUGUCGGCAAAGGCCAAAACAGUAGCGUCUGGGUCGACCUCAAAAAGCUUCUCGACAACCUUGGUGUAGGCAGCUUCAUGUCGCUUCUCGUCCGAGGCAAUGGUGCCGCAUAUGUGGGCCAGAUGAAGGUCUCCGUGGGCCCGGGCAAGACGGGCCGUGUUGCCAUGGGAGAUGAAGGUGGCGCGCUCUUGGAACGACGUGUAGAUGAAGCCGAGAUAUGGGUUGUUUUCCAUGCCCACAUCCUUGGAUCCAAUAAGAUACUGAAUAGUCUUUUCGAUUUGCCUCAUGUCGACACGGCCACAUAGGUAUAGAUACUUAUUGAGAAGGUCACCGUGCCUAUUCUCCUCGGCUGUCCAAGCCCUGUUCCAUAUGGCCCACGAUGCUCGGCUGGCGCCUGUCUCGUCCCUCACUCCAUCCCAAGAGUUGAGCAUCGUCUGGUAGCUCGGGAGGGCUUCCUCGGUUAUCAUGUCCCCAACCAACACAACAAAGUAAUCGUCAGGUAUCUCCUUCGCUCUCUCUCUUAAUUCCCUUACCUCAUCAUGAAAACUUUCAGAAGUGGGGUCCGGGAGAAAGUCCUGCGGCUGCCAGCAUUUCUCCACCGGCUUGAGGUGGACGAGUACAUUUUUUUCGGCCCAAUUUUCGAGGGAUUUGAAGAUCUCGAUCUUGUGAGGGGGCAUCGAGUGCGUGAUCUUCACGUGGAACUUGUGUGGUGGAGUCUCCAACUUCCUAAAAAAUGAGCCAAGAGUUGAAGUCAUCAUGAACUUGGUUGACCUUCGGCUGGUCAGAGCAAAAGAAGGGCAUUUCGGUGAUCGAAAGUUUAGCUUCAAAGCCAUCUCUCUUCAAUAUUUAAUUAUGUAAAGGAGAGAGAGAGAGAGACGGACAAGGAAAAAAACCAUUUGGCU